AUGAGUACAGCGCUGAAAGUGACGUUUGCCGGGCUGCUUGUGUUUGCCGCGGGGCUGUUUUUGUUCAUCAACUGGUCGCAAGGGCUUGAACGUCAGGCGCUUCGCCAGGGCCCCAUCAAGGACGCCGCCCGCAUGGAAGCGAAACGGACCCAGAAGAUGGUCGCCAACGAGGCCGAACACCGCGAACAGAUGGAGUUGCGCGAUAAGCUCAUUAAGAUCCAGCCGUUAUCCGAUGAGAUUAUCCGGGGUGAUGAAGCCCCCACCCCCCAGCUAGACCAAAAAUAA